GGUGUAGAGGUUACAGUGUGUAUAGGGAGAUUUUGAGAGAAACUUUAAGGAACUAGGAGUAAAAGAGUUCACUUGGAAAAGUAUUUUGGGUUUGGGAAGUAGAGCACAAUUUCGGGUAUUGGUGUCCUUUUUAAAUGAUACAGUGAUAUAUUGGAGGGUUUAGGUAGUGGCUGACCAAUACUCUGGAACAGUAGGUGACGGUAAUGCCCCAUUUAGUUGGUCGCCAACCGCCGUAAAACUUUAAGAAGAAGAAGAAGAAGAAGCCGAUUCGGCUUCAACUGUGCUUCUGCCUCUGUUUGGAAUCUCGCGAGACUUCAAAUCGUGGGCAAAGAAAAUGGAAUCCCAUGCUAGCAUGGUAGCUGAACGAAUCUAGCAACUACUGGAAAACAGUAACUUAUAUUUAAGGGUUGCUGCCUACUGAUGUCGGCAUGGACUCAAUAGAAAAGACCAAUGCAGUUAAUGAUGAUGGUAGUUCAGGUACACCAGACGAACGGCAGAGCCAAUCAGGCGGGGUGGACUCUGGUGCCAGGCCAUCCUUGUCACAAGUUAAAAAGUCCUGGGGCUUCAGAAGGACAACCAUUGCUCGACGGGAGUUCAUGGAGGAGGUCGGAGACUUAACCCACAGUCCCCCGCUGGUGCGAAGGGGCAGAAGUCGAAGAGCCAUCCAGGCACCAGAAACGAACACAGAAGAUGGCACCAAACAGAAAACUACACGAACAGCCAGGAGUGUGAUAGAAGAUCUGCAGUGGUCUGCCCCUUCCUCACCUGUAUCAGAGGAUAGCAAGGAACCAUCAGAGACCUCUGCUGGAGGGGCCUUUGAUCCCAGCCUAUGGCAGGACUUGGGAUCUGCUUUCCACACGGCCUUCUCUCUGCUUGGUGGCAAUGAAGGCCUGUCAUUGACAGAUGCACUGGCAGUUCCUGCUUUUUUGGGGCCUGCUAAUGAAAUUGAGCCCACUGAUCCACAGCCGGUAGAAGAAAAUGAGGUCCCGGAGAAUCUGGAAGACAUGGACGUCACACAGCCUGUUGCUCCGGACAAUGUUACAGAAAGAGAGAGUGAUUAUGUUGUUUUAAUCUCUAGUCAAGAAGAGGACAGUGAUGAAAUGACUCUUUUUCAAAUUAAAGAGCAGCUGGCCACCAGCAGCAGACCAGGAGACUCAAAGGCUCGCGGUGGGAAGGGUGGAAGAGGAAAAGCCAGGGCGAGGGGGAGAGGCAGGGGAAGAGGUAGAGGAAAGGGUAAAGGUAAGGGAAGAGGCAGGGGCAGGGCAGUGGAACUUCAGCCAAUCAUUGCAGACAUUGAGGACAUUGAUGAUAAUGUGAUACUUGUUAAUGCAGAUGAGCCGCAACAUUUACAUGAGAGCAUCCAGAAUGAUCCACAGAGUUCUCCUGAAAUGGAAUCAACAUCUGCCCACUUUGAUAUAACUCUGAAUGCUGCUUUGCAGUCAGUCAGCUCAGACUGCAUAAUCUUAGAAAGUGAUUUUACCCAUAAUAGGGCUGUAAAUCAUGGCCAGUUUGAUGAUGCACCAGGUGAGAUGGAGGGAGAGAAAGGCAAGAAACAGGGUGAGAAUAUAGGAGAAAUUCCAAUCAUAACAGAGAGUGAGGAACGUGGCUCCAAUGCAAUGUGCUUCGUCUGCAGCCAAACACACAUUAAGAGGUUCAUGAUCUGCUGUAACAGCUGCCAGGAGUGGUUUCAUAGUGCCUGUGUGGGUAUCGGUGAGACACAGGACUGGGAGAUAGAAGAGAAAGAACAAGAGUACAUGUGUUUAACCUGUACUACAACGAGGCAGACCAUCAUCCAGUUAGAGUCUCACCUUGAGCCAGACCUUAGCUUUCCUGACUGUCUGACACUAAGUCCGCUUGAAGUGGGAUCGGAGCAACAAGAGGAGCAGCAGCAAGUUCUGAAGGAGGCUGUUUUAGAGGAGGAGAAGGAAGAAGAGAGGGAGGCUCUGGAGACGAGACCUAAACCAGAAGCUGAGGGUGAACCACCUGAAACUGUGGCUGAGCCUCGUUGCGAGAUGGAGACAGAUGGCCCUCUGUGCACCGGACCUGGUUGUGUGAAACAAGCCCUGCCGGACUCUGUUUACUGUGGCACUGAUUGCAUCCUUCAGCAUGCUGCUAUUACUAUGAAGACUCUUUCCUGCCCUAAGGUGCCUAAAUCCAAGGAACGACCACAGAGAAAAACUGCAGCAACCAGACCUCCUGCAAAGGUUCAAAGCUCAUGCCGAACAUCUAAGAGGUUGGCAAGAAAAGUUUUGGACGAUGGUGAUGAAGUGGAGAUGAAGGAAGAUCACGCAGAGCAGGAGGAGCCGUCUGCUUCUCCUAAAACCUGUGACCCCAGUCUAACAGAUGUUCAGUCCACUUCCAUACCGUCAUCUAACCUAAACACCACGUCUGAUGAGACCAGUGAGAAGUCAGAAAGUGAUAUUGAGACCAUAUCUCCUCUAAAACAAUGUCCAGAGGAGCCCUCAGCAGAUGCUCCUCUGCUUUCUCAGCCUGUAACGGAGGAACCACCAUUACAGAAUCUGUCUCAGGAAAAAGAACCUGAAAGUAGUAAUGUGUCUAAUCAGCAAAAUGCAGAAGAAGGUGCCUCCACCCCACCAACACCUGAAAAAUCUGAUCAACCUGCAGCCACACAAGCUCCACCCAUUUCCACUGUUCGACAUCUUGAGAUGGGUGCCUUAAUCGUCAAAAAGACCACAUAUGUUAUACCAAAGAAACAGCCGGUAUCUCAGUCUCCAUCCAGCCAGGCGUCCCAGAAAGUGUCUUCAGUUCCCACUCUGCUGAAUGAAACCCGUAAUCUGCUCGUGCCUCCAGCACCCAGUGCUCCGUCCUCCAGACCCUCUCAGCCCAAUAACCAGGUCCGACAGAGCAUCCAGCGCUCCCUCACCACCAUCCUGUUCAAGAGGGUGACUGAUUGUCAAGAUCUGGAGAUGCCUGAGAGCGAAGUCGUGAAACUUGUCGCUGGCAUUGAGAAGGAAAUGUUUGAUAUAUUCCGCAAUACAGACAGCAAAUACAUGAACAAGUAUAGAACUAUAAUGUUCAACCUAAAAGACCCAAGAAAUAAGGGCUUGUUGUAUCGGGUUGUUAAUGGAGAGAUUGGUCCCUUCAGACUGGUCAGAAUGACCCAAAAGGACAUGCAGGCUACUAAGGCCCCUGAGCCAACUGUUAAGGAAACAACUCCGGUUAAAGUUGAAGCUGCUAAGAGGACAAAUAUGCCUAGGCCUGAAGCUGUGAAGAUUGAUUUGCGCAGUUUGAAUCCUGCUAGACCCGAAAGAAAGCCUGAGAGCACGGAACAGGUAAAAGUUCUUCCAGCACAACCUUCCAAGGCGAGAGUUAUCCAACCAAGCAAAAACAAAAAGAUGCCAGAUAUUCUUUCCUGCAUGCUUAAGGAUACAACAUCCGAACACAAAGCUCACCUCUUUGACCUGAAAUGCAAAAUAUGCACAGGCCAGAUGCAAGCUGGAGAAGAUGAAGAACCUGCGAAGAAAAAAACAAGGAUUUCUACAUCAAGAGAUAAAACUGAGCCAUCUUGGAAGAAGCCUAGAGGAGAUGAGUCUCCUCUGUUGGCACCACCUGACACACCUGAAAUGGAUUAUCCCACAUCUUCACUGAUGGAGCCAUCGUUCCAAAUUGAUAUUGAUUCUCCAAAGUUGACAAUUGUUGAAUCUCCUGCUUCCCCGGUGAUGGAUUCUCCUGCCUCCCCAAUAUUAGAGUCUCCUGCCUCCCCUAUCAUGGAGUCCCCUGCCUCUCCAACUCCAGAGGGAUCCACAGUGCCUCCACCAAAGAGAUCGUAUACACCGGUUGUGAUUCCCACCGUCUCCACUGUAACCAUUACAAGACGUGAUCCUCGAACAGCAGCAAACAGAUUCCCUGCUUCCUCAGGGGGCAACUUCGGUCUCAGUAACAGCAUUAACAAACAAGCAGCCCCUUACACAACUAUAAAAGGCACCCCGGCCUCCAGCUCAGCUUCACCACCUUCACUAUCACCAACGAAAGCAUUACCCAAAUCCAUCUUAAUGAAACCAUCCUCCUCUGCUGAUCCAAGACUUUAUGGUGCAUCCUCCAGAGCCAUAGUCUCUCAAACCCCAGCAGAUGGUGAUACAACACAGUUCCUAGCUAAGCAGUGUAUACUGUGGAAAGGCUUUCUAAACAUGUUCACGGUGGCUAAGUUUGUGACGAAGGGAUAUCUGGUUUCCGGACCUGCUGAAAAUCUUAAAGCGGAUUUGCCUGAUACCAUACAGAUUGGGGGGCGAAUCUUACCUGAAACUGUGUGGGACUAUGUUGAAAAACUCAAGACCUCGGUUACAAAGGAGUUGUGUGUGAUCCGGUUUCACCCUGCAACAGAGGAGGAAGAGGUGGCCUAUGUGUCCCUUUUUUCCUACUUCAGCAGCAGAGGUCGUUUUGGUGUGGUUGCCAACAUCAGCCGUUCCAUCAAAGAUGUAUAUCUUGUUCCUCUUGCUGCAAAUGAAUCGAUCCCAUCUAUACUACAACCUUUUGAAGGUCCAGGCCUUGAAAAGAACCGACCCAAUCUUCUUUUGGGCCUAGCAAUUGUCCAGAAGUUAAAGCGUCCAGGGAGCUUGCCCCUGGAAACUGAAGAGAAGAAACUCAAAAUUAACAUGUCCAAAGACCCUAUGUGGAUCCCAAAACCACCAGUCCUUUAUGGUUCUGACAAGCUGGAAAUAUUCAAACCAUAUGAUCCAGAGACUGCUGGUAGUUCCUCCUUUCCUGGUUCACCACCCUGCGUUGGAUCGCCAUCGGACUCUUCCUCUUGUGGCUCAGUUAACACACCUUCCCUCUUGAAUUCCGUUAAAGCAACUCCUUCUGUCUCAUCCAUUGCUGCCACUGAGACCACAUCUGUUAACAACUCAGGCAAGAAUGCUACACCAUCAUCCAGCAACAAGACCCCAUUACAGACUAUUUUAAAGACAUUGUUUAAGGGAAAAGAGUCUAACCCAACAGCGUCACCUGAUGGAAAUUCCCCAAAAACAGCAGAAAGCGCUAUAAAGAAACCAUUGUUCUCUAAAGUAUCUGGAUCUAUGGUUGAUCCAAUAGUCCAGCAAUAUGGACAGAAAUCAAAAAUUAAAAAGGUGGAAAAAGAAGAAGAAAAGGAAGAUGACCUUGACAGACCCUAUGACCCCGAAGAAGAAUAUGAUCCCUCAAAGGGUUACAAACGUUUUACUCCACAUAUCACAGACAAUAAUAAGACAGACGACUCUGCAUUAAUAGGCUUGGUGGAAGAUGAUGUGGCCUAUGAUCCAGAAGAUGAAACUAUCUUUGAGGUAUUUCAAGGUGAUGCUGCAGUAACGAAGCCCCCCAUUCCAACCCAAAGUGCAGAUACUCCAUCAUUCCCGACACCAGUUUCCGAUUCUACUCCAACAACGCUUAAGUCUAACCGAUCUUCAGUAAUGUCAAAACUUCCUACGGGCGCUGUAGUUGUUUCUGCUGCAACUCUGAGUGAACAACAGCGGAUGCUUGAGGAACUUAAUAAGCAAAUUGAAGAGCAAAAGCAACAGUUAAAAGAGCAGGAAGAGGUGCUACGUCAACAGAGAGAGGCUGUGGGUAUGUUUAUGGCUCACUUUUCUGUUUCUGAUACAUUAAUGUCUCCUCCUACCAAAGAACUGCCACUCAGCCAGCUGCCAACUGUGCAGGGUGGUGUAAUACCAACAGAGUCGAAGCCUGUAGAUAAACCUGACAAGGUCAGCAACAAUACAGCAGUUGAGGAUAAUUCCGUUGUGAAGCCAGAAACGGUUAAGCUAGGACACACAACGGUCAGUGAUAAUGUGAAAGAUACCACAAAUACUCUGACACAGCAAAUGGGAGCACAAGAAAAUGUAAAGGAAUGUGAGAAAUAUUCCUCUGCUGGAGAAAUUGAGGACUCCGAUGUAGCUUAUGACCCUGAAGAUGAGUCACUUUUUGAUGAAAUCCAAGAUGAUGUGUUUAAAGGAGGAAGUACAAAAACGAGUGAUGCUUCAUCUAGGACUGAGGUUGGUGUUGGGGCAAAAGCUGCCUCUCCAAAUUCACACCACAGCAGAAGGCGAAGGUCACCACCUAAAAGACGGAGUCAUCGAGAAAGGGACCACAGAAGCCCAUCAAGAAGGUCACAGAGGCGUUCUCAUUCACAUUCUAGGAGACAUAGAGACAAGGAUAGACACAGAAGAAGUGAAAGAGACCGGUCAAGACACAGAACCAGAGAUCUGUCUGAAUAUCCGGGACAUCAUCGGAAAGACCAUGCUACUAGCAGACAUUCUCACAGCCGGAGAAGGUCCUCAUCUUCCCCGAGAAGAAAACACUCUGCCUCCCUUUCACCAAAUCGUCACAGGGAAUCCCCUUCACAAGUCAUUGAUAAAUCGAAACAUAGAAGUGGUCCAUGUAAUCCUCCUGAGACUUUAAAGACAAUCACAGCACCAUCAUCGCAAUCAGCUAUUGGAAUUAAAAGUGAGCCAGAUGAACAUAAGUUAGAUUGUAACCUUGUUGAGAAGCCUGUUAAACACUCACUUGAACUUAUUCAGAAUGUAAAGACUGAGAUUUCAGAACCAUCAGCCAGUCAAUAUGAUAAUCAAAUCAGCAGUUCUUCUAGUCAGGAAAGCAAACCAUCUCUGCAAGAGAGAUGGUUUCAAGACAAAUUCGAAAGCAAAAUUCCUCUGAGAGAAAUUGAUCCACCUCUUCGAGAUUCUCCUGAAAGCCCUGAUCCAGAACCACAGUUUUCAAAACCUUCCAUCACUGAAGAUGUUGAUUGUGCUAAGACUGAUCUACCAAUGGGACUAAAUAUUCAGGAAUCAGGACCAGAAAGAGAUGCUGUUGUGCACAGUAUUCAACUUGGCACAAGUUUUCAAGAUACUGGAAAUACAACUCCAGAUAUGAAAAAUUCUGAACACCGACUGACACAUACAGAUCUAAUGGAAAAGAGAAUUGGCUUUAUAGCACCAGACAAAAAACGGCUUGACAUGCAAAAUGUGAUGACAAAUGUUUUGGGCCCUACACUAAGCAUUCAGAAUACUCCCAAAGAUGGUCAUGGGCGACGUUUAAUGCAACAAGCAACAUGUCUUCCGGGUUCAAUGCUAAAUUUGAUAAAGAAUCAUAACCCCAUUAUAACUGAUUCACAGACUGUCUCAGGAGGCUCAGAAAUAAGAAAUCAGGUGAAAGGAACAGAAAACUCUUCUUUGCAAUGCAUUAACCAAGAUGUAAUAUGUUCAUACCCUGGUGUAAAGCAAAAUGUUGUGCAGAUUGCGUCAAAUUCAGAAAUGGCAAAAUCAAGCAGACAAAAUGAGAUCCCAAAUCAAGUUGUUAGAAACCAGUUGUCCGAUAGACCUCUGCCUGGGUCAGAAGAUUCUAUCUCAGCUAUGCUGCAUAAUAAUCCAAAUAUAAGUGGGCAUGUUGAUCAGGCAGAGCAAAAUGUCAGUUAUUACGGAAAAGCUUUACCUUUUUUGAAAACAGAUGAGUCAAUACCACAGCCAAAUAACCCAGACAGCAAGUCAGGCAUCAUGAAAAUGGACACUUCAUUUGGGAGUGCACAGUUUGAAGGCACAAUUUCACAUCCUGGGACAUUGGGGUCUCAUGUAAGAAUAGGUAUUGAAACAGGUCAGAGUCCAUCUCUUAUUGGAUUUAGAGAUCAAACACAUUCACUUGGCAGAAUGGAAUCUCAAUCCUUUAGAGGAGAUGCAGUCUUUAGUGGAGGUCAAGAAAGUGGAAAUAGGCCAGACAUUACAAAUCCAGACUGGAGAGGUCCAGGGUCAUUUCGCAUUGGUCAAAACAAAGUCCUUGGUCCACCUGAGAGACAUCCUGGUUCAAAUGCCCCAAAGUCAGACUGUGGAGAUGCUCAGAAAGGAUUAAAUAGGGAAGUAUCAGAUCCAGUCAGAGCAGGGACAUUUACACAAAAUGAUUGGAUUGCCCAUCAGUUUGGUAAAAGAGGGUCAAACUUGGAGAGUCAGGGCUCUUACAACGUAGGUGCUCAAAACUUUCAGUACGGACAAAGAAAUCAAGAAGUAAGUCCAAACAAACAAGCUUUCAUGUAUGAUGCUAUGGGACCAAGAAGGGGAGAUUUUAUGGGAGCUAGAACUGAAAUAAGAAAUCCUGAGUUCCAGUUUACAAGGAAUGACACAAGUCAAACGGUGUGUUCCGAUAUGAUGGAAAAAAGGCCUGAAAAGAAAGACCCUGAUGGUGAUGUGACAGUGCAUGACAGGAGAGAACCACCAGGUCCCAAUUUGAACAGACAGGGACCUGAAUGGAUAGGUCCCAACAGUGAGAACCCUGUGAAUAACAGUAGAGGAUUAGGGACUCCAGAUUUCAUGGGACAAAGACUUGAAAAAACAAACGUACCUGUAAGGAGAGGACCAGAUGUCACUGGUCAAGGAAUUGACAUAAGGGGUCCCUAUAUGAAGGGUCCUGGGAAUGAAUGGAGAGGAACAGGAGGUCCAAACUUCAAAGGAGGGCCUGAAAGGAGAGGCGUAUCUAUGGAGUGUGCUGAGCAAUACACCAGAGGGUCUGAAAAUCUAGAAUUAAGAGGACCUGGGCACGAUAAAGGAAGCCUUUCUGUGAAAAAUACUAAUUCUCAGAGUAUAGGUGGAGGUCCAGUUUUCCGAGGACCGGGUACUGAAGGCAGAUGCUUAUCUGUGGAAAGUCUUGGGCCAGACAGAAUGUCUGGACAUCCAAAUUUUAGUGAGCAAGGGUCCAAUAAUAGAAGUACUACGAUGGGUGGCCCACAAAUUGACAGGAGAAUGACAGAAGGACCAGAUUUCAGAAGGCCUGUAAAUGAAAUAAGAGGUCAUACUAUGGAUAGCCAAAAUUCUGACAGGAGAGGUGCUCGGGGGCCAGAAAAUUGGGGACCAGGUCCUGAAAGAGAAGGAGCAUAUUUGGGGGGUGCUAGGCCCGAAAGCAUAGAAAAAGGACAAGAAAUUAUUCUCCCAGGUUUAGAAGGUCCAAAUCUUCAUAGUGAACAGGAAGGACCACACUUCAGGGGACAGGUAACAGAAGGUACAUGUCUAAAUUUGGAAGGCUCAGAACACAGUAGAAGAGGUCACAAUCUCCAGGGUCCAGGUUCCAAUAUGGCAGGUUCAGUACUCAACAGAACAGGGCCAGGGGGUCCAGGUACUGAAAGAAUAUGGCCUCAAGAUGAAUAUCCAGAAGGCACAAACAUGAGGGACCCUUGGCCAGAAAACGCAGCUCCAAACAUGAAACAAGCACACAGCAGGAGCCAUCCAAGAGGCUCAAAGUUCAGGUGUUUUGAGCAAAGAAGAACAUCUUCAGAUAUGGAGGGUGUGCAGCCAGAUAGGAACAUGGCAGAGCCUGAAGAAGUGGACCAUAACAGAAUAGAUGCAGGAGGUGCGCAGAGUGUUGGGAUGGGUCCACGAUAUUGUUGGAGACCAUGUAAUGAAAGUACAGGUCCAGAUUAUGAGGGCCCAGUCCCUGACAGACAAAACCCAAGGGGCCCAAGCUUUAGAGAACCUAUGCCUGUAAGGCCAUGUCCAGGUAUGGACAGCCGAAAACCUGACUGGAGAGAAUCUGGUGGUCUUGAUUGUAGAGGUCGAGGUACCAGGGAAGAAGGGGCAAAUACAGAGGGUCUUGAAUAUGAAAGACAAAAUAACUGGGUUGAAUCUGAACCUGUUCAAGAAUUUCCUACUUACGAGAUCUUAGAUUCUGAUAGAGGAGGUCGAAAUUUUAGACCUUCAAGGCUAAUGAGAAGAAACAUCAGAAGACCGGGACCAAAUGUCCAUGGCUCUGCACCUAGUCGGAGGGGUGGUGCCUUUGAAGGGAAAUGGUCAGAGAGAAGAGGGCCAAGAUUCGAGGAGUUGGACAGAGGUGGAUCUUCUGGGGAUAUCUGGGACAACAGUGGCGACGGGAGUUUAGAGACUUUCCAAGAUUGUCCUGAUGAACAGGGUGAAGAGCCUCAAAUGCAUGACGAUUAUAGUGAAUGGAGAGACACACAGGAUAGUGAAAAUGUGCAGUGUUCUGUUUCUGGAGAUGACUGGGAUAGGCCUGCUUGUGGAGGUCCAGGGUUUGUUCAAGACAAUGCAGAUAUUGAAUGUCCUGGACCUAAUAGAGAAGGAGAAAAACUUGAUUGGAAGGACCAUAAUAGAGCAGGUUCUGGGGUAUUUUUCAGAGGGAGAGGGAAUAGAGGUCCAUGCAAUAGAGGACAAAACUGGGGUCGAGUCCGAGGUAGAGGACGAGGAUCAGCUAUGCAGAGACAAAUAAACAUGGAAAAUGACUGGGGACAGCAGGACUUUAAGGGGGAUAUUGGAGGCCAUGAUGGUGGCAUGCCCUGGGCUCAAAGGGGAGGUUUCAAUUUGAAAAAUUCAAUCCCAAACAGGAGACAUUUUGAGAUGGAGGCUCCAGGAGGCCCAGAUUUAGGAUGCCUGGAACCAGGCUACAGAAAUUUGAACGAUGAAGGUCCCGAGUCAGAUGGAAGAGUUUUAAACUUUGGUGAAUCAGGAUCUGAAAGGCAUAGCGUAGACAUGGAUGAUCAUGGAACAGGUGCUCAAGGAUUUGGGCAUGAAUUCAGAAGAGUAAGGAGAGGUCCAAUAAUGAGACAAGGGCCCAGCAAUGCAGAAAUAAGAGGAGUGUCACCUAAUGGUUCAAAUCUUAGACAUAGUAGAUGGGAUACAAACUCAGAGUUUCCUCAGUCUGAUAGAAGAGUACCAGAUAGGAGGGUAAGGGAACAAAGGCAUCAAGGUCAAACAAUAGGCAGAGAGGGAAGAGGUUCUCAUCAAGAGGGCCAUGGCACUCGUGAAAGACCUCCAGCACAGUUCAAUAGGCCUGUAGGUCCUGGUCCAAACAGAGAAGGAAAGUCAUUCCAUGAUUUUGAUAGCUCACAAAAUCAGCAACCUGUGCAACCACAAAGACACAGAGGUGCCUUACUUCCCACUCCUUCAGAAUGUCCACUACCAAAUACUAUGAUUAAGAGUCAUGAUGGCUCCUUAAUGAAAACACCACAGUUUGGUCCCCCAUUCAAUAGGAACAGGGGAACGGUUAGAGGCAGAGCAGUGGAUAAUCGGUUCAGAGGGCGUGCAAGAGGGCAAGGACGAGGAGCCCCUGUACAUAAAAUAAAUGUUGGGUAUGAAGACAGAAUGUAAUUAAAAUGCUAAAAUAGAUUUAAUACUGGACAUGUGUUUAUUAAAAAACAAAGUACUCUUUAGGACACCAAGGCUGAAAGACACUUUAAUAGAGCUCCUCUUUAAUGGAUUGUUUUGUAAAGGGUAGAAUUAAUUUCUAUUACAGCUUGACUCGCAAGCAUAGAAAUGGGUGAAAUCUGCAAUGGUUAAUUGAUCUAGAAAUGCAGUUUUUGUGUUAAUUAUGUUCAACUUUGUUACUAUAGUCAUAGUAGUAUGAUUGUGACUUACACCCUGUAAAUUAUUUGUUGUAUAUCAUAUACUCUGUGCAUUUUGUAGAAGGAAAUAGUUUGAAACGCUUUGUACAAAAAUAGUUUUUUUUGUUUGUUUUUAACAGAGCCAUAACAUCACUAUAUUGUUGUUUUAUUUGUAUGUUGUGAUCAUAAAAAUGUAACUUGUGUCAGUGUUCUUUCAGAAUGCUACGAGUCAAUAAAGUGACAUUUUCAAAACUUGUAA